UCCAAAACCCAAGCCCGAAGCGGCUUAUAUCCGGGCACUCAAUUAGCCAGCCAUCAUAUUUCAUCUGCUCCUUUGCAAUCUGGGGAGUGAGGACCACCCGGUUUGGCAGAGGAGGAGAGGGAGGAUUACGCGCGGCUGAGAUCCCCGGGGUCGUUAGUGGGCGUUGAGGAUCGGCGUUUUAACCCAGACCCCGAGCUGCGAAUCAAUUAAACCUACGCCUUUCACCCAAUCAGCAUAAAGUGACGGCUGCGGGCGUGGAGCCGCGAUGAAGGACAGGUCCGGAGAGGCGCUUGCGGAGCGCAGACGGCUCGGCAGGGCCCUCGGUGCCAGCCGCGGCAUUUUGGCGCGCUCUUUUUGUUGGUUGGGAGUCCUCGCCGGUGAUUGGCUCCGGGCUGUGGCGGCUGCCGGGCCGACCUCGGCGGCUCGGAGGCGGCGCGGCCCUCGGCUGGCCUCCUGGGGGAUGGGCCACCAGGAGUCCCCGUUGACCAGGGCAGCGGCGGGAGGUGCCGCUUACAUAAAGAGGUUACGUAAAGUGCUCAGCUGGCGCGAACUCGAGGACGGCCGCGGGAGCGCGGGAGCCCAGGCGUCCCCCGGGGCCGCCGCUGUCAGCCCGGGAGCGCCCGCCGCGCGUCCGGCCCGGCUCGCCGCCGCCGCCUCGCGCCCCGCUCGGCCGCGCAGACCGCCCCGCCUGGGAACCGACCGCCGCCCGGCGCGGGCUCCGGGGGGGAACCGGUCCGCCCGGAAGAGGAACAGCGCCGACCAGAUCGUAAUCCAAGGUACUGCUCCUCCGCAUCUCCGGGCUAGACGGAGGGAUGAGGCCGGGGGGCCCCGGGCGGCGCCGUUGCUGCUCCCCCCGCCCCCCGCAGCCAUGGAAACGGGGAAAGAGAACGGAGCCCUCAGAGGGACAAAAAGCCCGGAGCGGAAAAGGCGAAGCCCAGUGCCGCGGGUGUUCUGCGAGAAGCUGAGGCCGUCGGCCCAGGCCAUGGAUCCGGCUGUAGCCGAGGCCCCGGGCGAGGCCUUCUUGGCCCGGCGGCGGCCGGAUGGCGGUGGCGUUGUUGGCUUUGCGCGCCCGCGCUACAGCCUGUUGGCGGAGAUCGGGCGCGGCAGCUACGGCGUGGUUUAUGAGGCUGUAGCUGGGCGCAGUGGGGCCAGGGUGGCCGUCAAGAAGAUCCGCUGCGACGCUCCCGAAAACGUGGAGUUGGCCCUAGCAGAAUUCUGGGCCCUGACCAGCCUCAAGCGGCGGCACCAGAAUAUCGUGCAGUUUGAGGAGUGCGUCCUGCAGCGCAACGGGCUAGCCCAGCGCAUGAGUCACGGCAACAAGAACUCACAACUGUACCUGCGCCUGGUGGAGACCUCGCUCAAAGGUCGAUCCUUCGGGACCCAGUCUCAUCAUGUCUCGGACAGAUGGCAGAGGGUACAGGUGGCGGCGAUCUCCUGACAGCUGGACCUCCCACAAUGUGAAGCUUUUGCUUGGGUUUCCCAUUCUACCUUUUUAUUUUUCCCUUAUAAUAAUAAUUUUUUUAAAACAUUAAACCAUCAAGACUUCUGAAGAGCAGAAGGCUACACUCUGGACAGGCACCUUUCUAUUGUUUUGAGUUAUUUUGUUUUGUUUCUAAGAACAUUGAAUGUGGACAAAGCUUAUGCAUAUAUUAACCGUUAAUCCGUUAAUCUUAAGUUAGGAAGCAAUUUUGGGUUUAUAUUUCAUGUUCUGUUUUCUUUCUUACACAUCUCUAAGUUGUGCUUUAGAAUCCCACUUCCCAAAGACAUUCUGUCUACCCAGAGUUUCGUGUUUCUCCAGGAAGCAGCCUCUGAGUUGCCUCCCUGCCAGAUGUGGGAGCUGUUGGACUCAUUGGAUGGGCUGGUCCUAUCAAGCCCUCAGGCCUCAGGCAGGGUCAGAGGUGAAGAACCUCGCAGAAGAGGAACCCCUGGGUUUGGCCAGAAGGACCUGAGAAAGAAGACCUAAACCAUAGGUUUUGGUUCUCUUUAAGUUCUUGGGAGCCUCAGGCCAUACUAGGAUUCACUGUCUUAGGAAUUGCUUCCCUCUUCUGCCCUUUCCAACUGGGGUCCCUGAGGAGGGAGAUCAAGAGUGAUGAUCCCAUCACUUGGAAAUAGAAACCCAACCCCACCCUACUUGCACAGCCUAUCUUCUGUUAGGACUGUUGUGCCAAUCCUCAGUCAGACCUAGUCUUCCUUGGCCUCUUGUCAGUACUAUGAGGCCAACACCUUUCAUCCUCUGCCUCCUGAAUUGUCUUCCCAGUGUGCUACAAGUCCAGCCUGUCACAGAGACUACCUAGGCCCCAAGAUCCUUCUUUGGUCCUUGCAGAGUAUCCUCAACUGGCUGCUGCCAGCAUUUUCUCACGGUGUGGGAGGUGUGCCCUAUGUACCAGGAUCCAUGGUGUCACUCACCACUGGGUGGCACUGUCAAGCGCCAUCUCUCUUACCCCCAGGGACUUCAUGUUAGGUGAUCAACCUUUAUGUCACUGUUGUCUGAUGAGAAGAGAAAGGACCCGCCUUGAAUAGGGAGGUAUGGGGGAGGUAGGGAUGCCCAUGUGGCUACUUAGAGGGCCCAUAUAGCAGCUAGCCAUCUAAAGCACCCCAGCCUAGAUCCCUGUGACAACUGCCUCUGUCUGCAAAGCCUUUCACUCUGAGCUCCCUUGCAGUGUUCUUACAGCCUCCUGAGGGAAGGCAUCCUCUCUCCAGCUGUGUCAUGGGCCCCACCAUUCUCUGGUGUUGCCCUCUCCUUCACUGCACCUUUGGUUGCUCUAGAACUCUUCUAGACUUGCCACCUUGUUCUGUCCACACGGGAUGGGGUCUCUGGACAAGGAAAGAAGGUGUCUGUUCAUUCUUGUUUAUUCCUAAACUAGCAUAGGAUGGAUAGGGAAAUAAGAGGCCAAGGGGAGCUUUUCCCUCAUGCAGGGGAUCCCUUGGCCCUGUAGUAUGGGGAAGACAAGGCCAGCACAACGUUGAACCCUGCUUAGCUCUGUCCACAAGCAUUUUUCAAUCUCCUCUCAGGCAGCUCAGCACCAAAGUUUUUCUCCUCUUGGCCAGAGGUCUGCUGCUGUUCUGUGGGUGGUAACCUAGGCCCGUACUUGUGCUGUGCUGUGAUAGCAUCUCCUCAAGUGGCUUUUUAAGCAGCCUCCUGAGCCUAAUCAGAGUGGCACCUGGGAGGGUGGGAACAGCAGCACCCUCUAAUUGCAAAAUACAUUCCAUUUCUCUUCUUCUGCCCUCCCUUCCUUUGGGUGCUGCUGGCUCUUUGUGCCUGAGCAAAUGGGAAAAGCAGUCUCUGAGCUCAGGACCCCAGCUCUUCCCUGCUGCAGUCCUGCUCUAGGUUCCUAGCUAAAGACUCAGGCCUAGCAAAUCAUCAUUCUACCUACCCUUUUCUUUCCUGUUCCCUGCCCCUUAGCUCUUGGUCUCACUAAGACGUGGGCUAUAGUGCUUUCCAACUGCACGGUAUUUUUGGUGUCAAAGUAGCCCCUGUGGGCUGCAGGUGGGUAUCCCGUGAGUAGCCUGCUUCCCUGCACCUUAUCUUCUACGACUCCCAGCUGGUUCUGGCCUGGAGAUUGCACCUCUUUUUCUGGCUCAAAUGAGAGCCAGGUCUUGAGCCCCAAGUGCCUGUCCCUGCUUUUUUUCUUCCCUCCCAUGCAAUCUAUGCUAACACUUGCCAGCUAGAUGGAAACUAGCGCUGUAACAUGCUUGCUGUGCUCUGGUCGGUGAGUCAGCCCCUGGUGGGCUCUGUAGUUAGUCUUCUCAGAGUCCAACUCCCUGUCCUUCUUGGUCUUGGGAUCAGUACCCUUUUCCUUUGUCACUUCCCUCUUCUGCCUCUAUAUGGGUUUCAGGCCUGCCAGUAGCUCUGUGGGGCAUCAUCUCAGGUGCCUCUAGGCUUGUUAGAUCUGUCCACAUCCUGCAAGUUUGUGGAACUUCUGACAUUUGUCCUUUUUGGGGGGCUGUGAGGAUUGCCUGUUGGGAGACUGUUCUGGCCUCAGUUCUCUGUGCUCAGAGCUCAGCUUCCUCUCAGUGAAGGGGGUCAGCAGGACAGAUCAUAGUGCCUUAUUCCAUUGUCCUCCCCUAUCCAGACUCAGCCAGAAGCAGGCAUCUGUCUUCUGGGUCCAUUUGUCACUUGUACUCAUACUCUCCCACCUUCAUAUAGCCACAGGGGAAGGAAAACUCUGAGCCCCUACCCACCUCCUGUGGACUAUAGCUGGACACACCUCCCUCUAGCCUCCAUGGCCCUUACAGCAGCUUCAGACCAGGACCAAAUGCUGCUGCCCACAUAUGCACACUGCCUUCGCCCCUCCCUGCUCUUACCUCUGGCCAGGACGGCACCCGACUGCACCAUCCAAACUGGCACCAGCUAACCCUGUUCUGGUCACAGGAGACUAAGGUUCAGGCCAUACCCUCACCUAGCUUGGGGUCACUGAGGUAGGGAGUAGGAACUCUUAUUCUCUCCUUGGAGGGUUUGCUUUUGGGCUGCCUGAGGGAUGUUUUAAUGUUUACUUAAAGAAAAUACCCUGUUUACAGCUCGAGGAGAGGUGCGUCCACACUAGGUGAAGAUUUGACUCUGGGUAGGCCUGGCCUCCUUUGUAUCACUGCCAGUAGUUAACUCCAGUGGUAGUGAAGGCAGGGAAGCCCGGAGCCAGCAGAGGCCCUCGACUGACUCUGCUUCCUAGCCCUGUGGUGCUAAGACCACUCCCUGUCUUCCUCAGCCUUCUCGCCCCACUAUCCCCACCUCCAUUUCCUUCCUCCCAAGAUUCUCAGCCCUUUAACAUAUCACUAUUUUAGAAAACCAGUGUUUGCAGCAAUAAAGUUUUAUUAUUUUUGCGUGAAGAGGAAAAGCGCUGUGGGAAUCUGUUUUUGCUAUUAGCUGUUUACUAUUUUAGAAGACAGCCCAAAGGGAUGGAUUAUAUGUGGGUUUUAACCAUUAGGUAUCGUUUGGAAACAUGGCAAGAGCAAGAGUCUGACUGGGAUCCUCCAAGGAGGGGAACUUUACUACCUUUGCCUUAUUCUGUCCUGCCCCUUCAGCCCUGCCCACUGUGAGCUCUUCGCACCACUCUUGCUCGUCUGCAUCUCCUUCCACAUCUGGGGGCACUAGCCACCCAACUCUAGGUGGGUCUUUGGGCUACCCCUCCCCGGGUUCUCUCUCCGUGUCUGACAGCUGCUGGGCAUCUACCUCAGAAUUGGCUAAGUGUGGUCCUUGAGCUCUCCAGGUCAGUGGUCUCAGGAGGUUGAUGCCUCCGCCUUCCCCGAUUCUGAGCUAGUCACAGCCUUCAGGUCAGCACGGCCAGCUGGAGGUGGAGGGAAAGGAGCCUUGUCGGGGUGCGCGCUCUGGAAGGGGAACCCAGUAGGUACUCCACAGCGUUGGCUGUCAGCAUCCACAGCCAUUGCGGUGGACAAGUCAACAGUGGCCCCUCGGAAGGAGGAGAGUACCAGUAGGAGUGGGCCUUUUUUUUUUUUAAAUUCACAUGAGACCAUAGGAAGAAGGAAACCUACUUAGGGGACAUUUUCUUUUUUUUUUUUUUUCUUCUUCAAAACACUUAACACCCCAGGGGCUGCUUGACUUCAAAACUGGAGGAUAUUUCAGUUAUUCUUAAUGCUCAUGUGGCUCAGACUUGGUUUUGAAGGGAGAUUUAAAGCCAGGCACAAGGUUAGUUUCAAAUACUAGUUAAUCUUUUUUUUUUUUUUUUUUUUGCACAGAAGCUGGUAAUUUAGGACCUAUGUGUGAACAACUUUAUAUGAAUAUUUUUUUGUACUUGGGUUGGUAUGAUACAUUAUAUUUAAGUUCUUUGAACACUGUGGAUUCCCCCUAAUGUGUAUGAAUGACUGAAGCUUUGUAAAUUAAGGGACGUUUGUGUGAAUAAAGUUAUUUGAUGGGGUUAAAAAAAAGCCAUAUGCUAUUUGAAAAUGAGUGUUUUGUGAUUGUUUUUAUUGCUAUUUGGUUUGGACGAUUAGAAAGGCCAUAGCAUUGUUACCAGGGUCAGGGUUAGAGCCGGGGCCCUGGCAUCUGUGACGUGCUAGACUUGCUGACCUGCCCUAAACAGGCCAAUUAAAGUAAUAGUGCAGAGCUUGCCAGCUGGGACAAAUAACAGCCUUGAUGCAUCUCUUGUCUUUCCAUGUGCUGUGGAAAUACUGACGGCUGCCUUCAGAGCAAGCAAAGCCAAAACAAGAAUCAAACACUGUGGGGGGUGGGGGGGGCCCUCUGAAUACUUCGUAGUUCUUUUCCUGAAGGUCACCUUUGGGAUCUAGUAGAGCCUGGAAAGCUGAGCUCUGACGCUUGGCACAGCAGCACUUGCUGAAGCUCACCUGUGUAGUCAAGAUUAAGGUUUGACAUAGAGCCCACCAUUGUGGGUCUUACCCAUGGACAUCCGUGAGUCCUGGAAUGAACAACAGAAACACAACAGAAAAGGAAAGAAUCAGGACACUGGUGUAUGUGUUAGAGGAAAAGACUUCUGACACAAACUUGGACUGUGUAAACUCUGUUCUAGACCCUGGAUUUAGGGUCGAAAGCCUUCUUCAGAGGAUUCUCUGUCCUUGACCCUGGUAACCACUGUAACCACAAGUGUAGUGGGUUUUCGUGUCUGUUACUGUGUGUCCUAAGAUUUUUUUCAAGGCAUACACCCCCAGACCUUGCUUUUGUCAAAGUUUGAAAGAGGCUGUAUCAUUUGUACAUUCCCAAUAAACGCUUUUUUGCCAUA